UUUUUCCACCGCUAUAUAACACAGAGUAUCGACAAUUUUAAAAGCAACUCCGUAGUUCCCUGAGUUUCCAUUUCAAGAGCAUAAGCAAAAACCUUUCUUCGAAAUCUCAAAACACAAAAACAGAUAGUCAUACAUUCAGAUAUUCGAAUCUCCUUCUUAAUCAGAUAAAACGAAUAGGUUUAAUUUAAUUCGAGUAUUUGAGAAUUGAGAAUGGCUUUGGGAAAGAAGACCGGUUGUUUGAAAUCCAAAAGCGUCGUCUCUGCUGCUGAUAAAGGACUGGAUUUCGGAGUCGUGAGAUAUACUCGUGGUUUAGGAAGGAAACGUGUCGUGAUUUCUUGCAAUGAGGAAGAUUCAUCCAUCGACUUGACACCGAAGGCGCCGUCCAAAAGGCGCUGCAACGUUGUCAGUACGGCGGUGGAGGCCGAUAGGUCUCUGCUCGAGGCUCUGCCUCAGGAGAUUCUGAUUAGGGUUCUCUGCGGUGUGGAACAUGAUGAUUUGAAACAGCUAAUCCGCGUUUCGAAAACAAUUAGCGAAGCGACUUUGAUUGCAAAAGACUCGCAUUUCGCUUAUAGCACUCCCUCGAAGGUCCGUGCGUUUCGCACCGCCAUUGAAUUAAACGACUCCAGCGAUUUCGACGAGAUUGAAGCGCCAAAUGCUCGUCCCACAAGACGAUUCAGAUCUCCAUUAAAUAGAAAGAAGCUAGCGGAGAUAUCCGUAGCCUUAUUUGCCGAAGAAGAAGAUGAAUGGCCAAAGAAGAAAUUGCCCAUUUGGACAGAGAUGUGAAUUUCAACAACCCAGAGGGCUCUGUAAAUACAAUCUGUACUCAUAUUGUUGUAGAAACGCGGUUGUGGUGGUAGGAAGAAAGCUGUAGUUAAGGAUCUGGAAUCUCAGAUCUUGGUUGAAGAAAAAGAAGUAGCUGUACAUUCCCACUGACCAAAUCUUCAAAUCUUUCGUUGAAGAUGAAGAUGGUGGGUGGGGUAGAAAUGCAUUUCUUUUUUUUUUUUUUUUUUUUUUUUUUUUUUGUACAGGUAUUAUUACAGACAGAUUGAUAGGCAAAUUCGUUGAUAAAGGGUAGCAUUUUGGUUUAGUCCCUUUCAAAUUCUCUGAUAAAUUUGAACAGUACUUUUGUAUGUACUUCCUCUCAUUCUUUCUUUAUCUAAUAAAAAUCGAACCAUAUUUUCCUCGCAA